GCAUCCAAAUGUGUGUUCCGAGGUCCUCUUGGCCAUCUGAUGCUCACUACAUCUCUACACUCACUGUCUCUGCCAAGGAAGUUUUUGCAACGCGGUUAUGUCCCCUUGUAUCUUUCUAUUUUAUUAAUAAAAUUUUAGGGUUCCCCACGCCGUACAUAAUUUUAGAGAUUCCGAUCGAAAUCGCCUCCCUCAUCGAUUAGGCGUUUUAAAACCCUGCUUGAAGUUUUAACCCUUUAAUUCUUUUGCAUCUGUUGUUCUUCCUGCAUUACAGAGAGCUUACAGAAGACAAUACCCUCUUUAGCAUUCUCUACAAAUGGUAGAUCUUCCAUUAUCCUUCCUCUUCUCCUUUUCUCCUUAAUUAAUCAAAGUAGGGUGAGGAACCGGACUCGGGAACUUCCCUUUAAGCCCAGAACUCAUACGCUUUAUCUGCAUUUCUUCGCUCACAGAACCCCUCAACAACGUUUAAGAAGUCGAACUCAUCAGGAUUUCAAUCCAAUAUUGUUACAUCCGCAAAAUGAGGAUUCAUAAUCUUCAUUCUUCAAAUUAUUGGCAUGCUACUUUUUCUGCAAAUGACCUUCUUUCACUUAGCCGGAUGUCACAUUCUGCAUUGUAUGGCGUGAAGAAGCAGAGAUUUAUUUUGGUUGUGCCAUCAAAAUUAUCAAGUUCUGGAUUAUCCAUCCGAUGUUCUGUUCAUUUCCGACCUUGUAUUGAUAUACACAAGGGCAAGGUGAAACAAAUUGUUGGGUCUACUCUCCAGGAUUCAAAGGAUGGGGGCUCAACGCUCAUAACGAACUUUGAAUCAGAUAAAUCAGCCGCAGAGUUUGCAAAUAUGUAUAAAGAAGAUGGACUUAAAGGCGGUCAUGUAAUAAUGCUCGGUGCAGAUUUGCUAAGUAGGUCUGCAGCUAUUAAGGCCUUAAAUUCCUAUCCAGGUGGUUUGCAAGUUGGAGGUGGGAUCAUGUCAGAAAAUGCUUCCGGUUAUCUAAAGGAAGGGGCCAGCCAUGUCAUUGUUACAUCGUAUGCUUUUAACAAUGGGCAAAUGGACACUGAAAGGCUCAAGUAUCUUGUCAGUGUUGUUGGAAAACAGAGGCUUGUGUUGGAUCUAAGCUGCAGAAAAAAGGAUGGUAAAUAUGCCAUUGUCACAGAAAGAUGGCAGAAGUUCAGCGAUGUAUAUCUUGAUGAGAGAACUUUGGAAUUUCUUGCUGCCUAUGCUGAUGAAUUUCUUGUUCAUGGGGUUGAUGUUGAAGGGAAAAAGCUAGGAAUUGAUGAAGAACUUGUGGCCUUACUUGGCCAGCACUCACCGAUUCCAGUGACUUAUGCUGGUGGUGUUAUAACAAUGGAUGAUUUAGAAAGGAUAAAGGUGGCUGGGAUGGGACGAGUAGAUGUUACUGUGGGGAGUGCCUUGGAUAUUUUUGGUGGCAAUUUGGCUUACAAAGACGUCGUCGCUUGGCACAAAGAACAGGAGGCCUUCGCAGUUUAGGGGCUUACAGAGACGUUCCUCGCCAGCCAUGUGAAGAUGUUUUUAUUCUUGGAACAUCUUUGGAUAUGUUCAAGGGGCGCUGCUUGAACUUCAAAUGCAAACAUGCUCGAAUAUAAACCAGAUUUGGGAGCUACAGGCCUGUUAUGAGGGCACUAUCAACAAGGCGUUCAUUGUUCCCCAAAGAUUUAAGAAAACUUUCGCUUAUGAAAUUGCAGCUCACCGCUCCUUGAGGAAAACACGCUCGAAUAUAAACCAGAUUUGGGAGCUACAGGCCUGUUAUGAGGGCACUGCUUGAACUUCAAA